AUGUCCAAUGUACCAGUGACCAAAGCUACAGUAACUUCCGACCCCCCUGAGACAGAAAUCCCCACAGAUCCUCUUUGCACGCAUCCCUCACAGCCAAUUGGAAAGAUAUUAGUCAACAAUCACACAUACAACAUCCUUGAACUCAUCUUUUCUAGCCAGGGGCUUGUUGGGCAUGGCACAGCCAUGCAAGGAGUCUGCAGUGUUCCUCAACUAACUGAACAUUGGCUUGUUGAGAUUGGGCCUCAAGAGGUUGAUGAAACAAUGAGUUAUUGUGGCAAGAUUUGGCAGAGUAUCAAAGGUACUUCACACACACAUGUUCAUUUGGUCUUGAAGCCCAGUGUGCAACCUUUACACAUGUUCUGGAUGAAAGUAGAGUUGAUUAAUGCAAUUCAGGACAUUGUUAGAAACUGCAGUCUUAACAACUCCAUGAUUGAGGAUGAUGGUAAUGGAUCCUAUGGAACAUUAAUUGAUUGGGAGUUCACUGUGCAUAUUCUUCAAGGCCAAAAACAUGCUAUUGGGGGGACAGGAAUGGCAUCUUUCAUGUCCCAUUCACUCCUGUUCCGGCUCUCUGAAGCUGUUGGUGGUAGUGUGAUGUCUCAAAAUAGCUGGAAGCAUGCCUCACAUUCCCAUGUACAAGGGUCCACUUGGCAUGAAACAUGUUCUUGGGACUCAGAAGUGAUCAGAAGGGAUUGGCUACUGCAUCUGUGGUCUACUGACUCAUUCAAGGAGAAUGGUAAUGAGAAGACCUCAUUCUUUUUCCAUCUGCAUGUGCACAAAUUCAGAGAGCAAUUUUACCCCUACUUCCAUGACCUACUUCCACUUGCAGUGGAGUGGUACAAAUUAAUUAGGAGCAAAGGACCAUCACAUAUGGUGACAUUUAAAGAAGUCACUGAUCUUUUGACUAAGCACCUCAACAUCCUUCCAAAGGAUGAGCCUUCCCCAGAGCUUCUAUUCACAUGGAAGGUUAUUGAUGCACUCCUUGGUGGACUCCCUGAUGCCCUCCCCUGGUGGAAAGAGAAAGGAGGUGUCUGA